AGUAAUUGUUUGUGCAUUCAGAAAUUAUGUUGACUGCAGACGUUUUAAAUUGUUCUUUCCCUAAUUGGUACACAACUUUUGAGAAGGUUACAAUCCCUAGCACUAUUAUUCCUCUACCAGAACCUGUUCUUGAAUACCUUCUCGAGGACGCUCAACUCGUCCUACCAGUUGAGUGUAACUCUGAGAACAUGGAUGGAGUAGAAGACGAUUAUGAGGAUUUUGGUGAUAUCAACUGGGAAGAGAAUACAGUUAGCUCGGAACUACAACAGAAAUCAUUCUCAGAGUUUUCAAGAAAAAUCACAGAAUCACUGAGGGAAAUGGGCGGACAGAUGUUUAUUAAGCUUAACUGGUCCAGUCCUAAAGAUGCUACAUGGAUAGUGUUCAAUAACAGUCUCCGAUGCUCCAGCCUAUCACAGUUGUAUCUACUUCUGAAAAGCUCAGAUUUUAUCGUUCAUGAUUUGACAAGACCCUUCAAGUUCUGUAUCGAUGAAGAAACUGUAAAACCAUCCGUACAGUAUUCACUAAUUCUCAGGAAUUGGUUAGAUGUAAAUCCAGGCUCAGAAUUUCGAUGUUUUGUCAAGGAAGAGGAACUAAUAGCUAUUUGCCAAAGAGAUAAUAGCAAUUACUACGAUCACAUAGCAAUCCAACAAGAAAGCAUUAAACAGGAUAUAAUUUCUUUCUUCCGGGAGCACAUUAAAAAUAAAUUUCCAUCAGCUGACUUUGUAUUCGAUGUUAUCCGAACUAAAAAGGACAAAGUGAUACUUGUUGACUUUAACCCUUUUGGAGAAACGACUGAGGCACUUUUCUUCUCCUGGGAUGAACUUCGAGAUAGUUCAUUGGACUUGGAAUUCAGGUUUGCAACAGAUAGUAGUGGCGUUCAACCCCACCCUUAUCGACACUACAGCAUUCCACAAGAUUUUGUUGAUCUUAGUUCUGGAACUGAUCCCAACAAACUCAUAGAUUUCAUCAAUCUCAAAAACAGAACAGAGGAACAAAGACAGGAUUCGGAUAGCGAUUAAUUGAUUUGUAUUUAAUUAGGCACACUAUUUGCAUUUAAACUUGUCACUAAUUUACGACAAGGAUCUUAAAUUUACUUAAUUAUUUAGAAAAAAA